UCCCCCCGCGGAGCGAGUGCGGGUCACCGGGUCACUGGGUCAUUGUCUCGGCGCCCGAACCCCGAGCACCCCGUGGAAUCCCCCACGUCAUCAGCAGAACCAUCAAUGAGAUGCAAACAUGAAAGACAAGAGGAAGAAGAAGGACCGCACCUGGGCCGAGGCUGCCCGCCUGGCACUAGAAAAGCAUCCCAACUCACCAAUGACAGCAAAGCAGAUAUUGGAAGUAAUUCAGAAAGAAGGUUUAAAAGAAACAAGUGGAACUUCUCCAUUAGCUUGUCUGAAUGCAAUGCUUCAUACUAACACUCGAAUAGGGGAUGGAACAUUCUUCAAAAUCCCUGGAAAGUCAGGCCUCUAUGCUCUCAAAAAAGAGGAGUCAUCAUGCCCAGGUGAUGGGGCUUUGGAUUUAGGCUGUGAAUCUGAACUGGAUGGCACAGAGAUGGCAGAAGCCAAUGCCAAUGGAGAAGGAAAUGGAGUUUGUGCAAAGCAGGUAACUGAUGAAGCAUCUUCCACUCGAGAUUCAAGCCUUACUAACACAGCCGUGCAAAGUAAAUUAGUGUCUUCCUUUCAGCAACACACCAAAAAGGCUCUUAAACAGGCUUUGAGACAGCAGCAGAAACGAAGAAAUGGAGUCUCAAUGAUGGUAAACAAGACUGUUCCUCGUGUUGUUUUGACACCAUUAAAGGUGUCAGAUGAGCAGUCGGAUUCACCUUCAGGAUCCGAAUCUAAAAAUGGUGAAGCAGACAGUUCAGAUAAAGAAAUGAAACAUGGGCAAAAAUCUCCCACUGGAAAACAAACAAGUCAGCACUUAAAACGAUUAAAAAAGUCUGGUUUAGGACACUUGAAAUGGACCAAAGCUGAGGACAUUGACAUAGAAACCCCAGGAUCUAUUCUUGUCAACACUAAUUUAAGGGCAUUAAUAAAUAAGCAUACCUUUGCUUCUUUACCUCAGCAUUUUCAACAAUACCUCCUGCUUUUACUCCCAGAAGUAGAUAGACAGAUGGGAAGUGAUGGAAUUUUACGCCUCAGUACUUCAGCUCUAAAUAAUGAGUUUUUUGCAUAUGCAGCACAAGGCUGGAAACAGCGGUUGGCAGAAGGAGAAUUUACUCCAGAAAUGCAAUUACGGAUAAGGCAAGAAAUUGAGAAGGAAAAGAAAACAGAACCUUGGAAAGAAAAAUUCUUUGAGAGGUUUUACGGAGAAAAAUUGGGCAUGUCAAAAGAGGAAUCAGUAAAGCUCAUUUCUGGAACAAGCAAUGAUGGAGCAGAAAGUAGUUCUUCAUGUGGAACCUCUGGCAUUUCAGGGCUCUCUGCAGAGAUGCCCUUGGAAGAGAAACAGCCAAAAUGCACCAAGAAUCUAACUUCUUCAGAGCCUGAUUUCUGUGCUACACUGUAUUCUACAGCUGAUGGAGGUAAAGAUACAAUGGCAGAAUCAGAAUCAGAGGAUAUCUUGAUCCCUGAAGAAUCUGUGAUUCAAGAGGAAAUUGCAGAAGUAGUAGAGACUAGUAUCUGUGAAUGCCAGGAUGAAAAUCAUAAGACAGUAACCGAAUUCUCUGAAGAAUCGGAAAGUCCAGCCAAUUCUCAUGAAGAGCCUGCGGUAGCACCUCCUGAAGAUAACUUGGAAUCCUGUGUUAUGAUGAAUGAUGUUUUAGAAACUCUUCCUCAUAUUGAAGUCAAGGUGGAAGAGAAGUCAGAAGCUCCCCAGGAGGAAAUGUCAGUUGUUAUUGAUCAGCUCGAAAUCUGUGAGUCUCUCAUUCCUUCUACUUUAUCUGUAACUCACGUUAGUGACACAGAACAAAAGGAGUCAGAGAAUGCAAUAGAGACCAAUCCUCCAAAAGUCAAAGCAGGAUCGUCUUUGGAAAACCAUUUUCCAAAUGAAGCAAUUGCCAUUGAUAUGGAGCUUCAGAGUGAUCCCGAUGAGCAUCUUUCUGAAAACGCUUGCAUCUCAGACGCCUCAUUUUCUUCUCAGAGCCCAGAGGGAGUCUGUACCAGUCUGACAUCCCCAGGAGGAGAAAUCCAGUCCAUUCCAGAAGAAUCCUGCACUCCAGCCUCUCUUGAAACAACAUUUUGUCCGGAGGUGUCCAGCACGGAAAAAACAGAAAAAUAUAACCAGAGAAAUCCCACUGAUGAAAACCUCCAUGCAUCUUUGAUGUCAGAAGUAUCUCCAAUAUCCACUUCACCUGAAAUAUCAGAAGCUUCUCUGAUGUCCAAUUUACCCUUAACAUCCGAAGCUUCCCCUGUAUCCAAUGUACCUUUAACAUCAGAAACAUCACCCAUGUCUGAUUUACCACUGACCUCAGAAACUUCUUCGGUGUCGUCCAUGCUUCUCACUUCUGAAACCACUUUUGUAUCCAGUUUGCCACUUCCUGCAGAAACAUCUCCAAUUUCUAACUCUUCAAUGAAUGAAAGGAUGGUGCAUCAACCCAGAAAGUCACCUUCCAUAUCUGAAGAACCACCUUCCCCUCAGAAAGAGGAAGCUUCUGUCUCUGUCAAGCCCCUGGGGGAAAGCAUUCUUUCUCAGCAGAAGAUUCUGCCAAAUGCUCCUGAAAUCAUCCAAAUGGGUUCUUCUUCCACUGCUCCUGAAGCAUUUCCAUCUGGAGACUUACACAGUAAGACUUCAAGCCAGCAGUCUUGUAAGUUACAGGUUGAAGCUGAGAGACCCUGUCCAGCUUCCAUUUCAGAACUUCCAUCAGCAGAAAUGAUCAAAGUUAAAAGUCAUAAUGUUCUACAAAGAACAGAAAGAAAGGGGGUUUCCUCACCCUUGGAAUUAUCUGUCUUCUCUGAGGAGACAGAGAGUAAGGGAAAUGAACUUCCAUUAGCUAAAUUACAGGACAAGCCAUAUGUGUCACCAGUGGAUAAGGCUUCUCUUUUAGAGGGCUCUCGAAAUAAAACGCAUAAGCAAGGGAGCUCACAGAAUCGAAUGGAAGCCUCACAUAAUUCCAAAUUGUUAGAGCCCUCCAAGUCACCUGAUGUCAUAAGAAGUGAAAGUCGAGAAUCGGAGAUAUCAAAGAGGAAAACUGCAGAACAGCAUAGCUUUGGAAUCUGUAAGGAAAAGAGGGCCAGGAUAGAAGAUGACCCCUCCACCCGGAACGUAUCCUCCAGCAGCCCAGCUGAGAAAGAACUGCCUCCAAGAGAGGAACCCAGAGUUCCACCUCUCAAGAUCCAGCUGUCCAAAAUUGGACCACCAUUUAUUAUCAAGAGCCAGCCCACAUCUAAACCAGAGUCGCGAGCAUCCCCUAGCACUUCGGUCAGUGGAGGAAGGAACACAGGAGCGAGGACCCUCGCAGAUAUCAAGGCGAGAGCCCAGCAAGCAAGGGCUCAGCGAGAGGCAGCAGCAGCAGCAGCAGUAGCUGCUGCAGCCAGCAUUGUCUCCAGUGCCAUUGGGAGCCCAGGAGAGGGUGGAAAGGCAAGAACCUUGGCACACAUCAAAGAGCAGACAAAGGCCAAGCUCUUUGCCAAGCAUCAGGCCAGAGCCCACCUCUUUCAGAACACUAAAGAGUCCAGAUUGGCUCCCCUCAGCUCUAAGGAAGGGCCACUGGCCUUAGAGAUAGCUUCUCCUCCUGAAACAAAGAUCGAAGGCUCAACUGGUGUCAUUAUUGUCAAUCCAAACUGCAGAUCUCCUAGCAACAAGUCUGCACACCUCCGGGAGACCACCAGUGUAUUGCAGCAGCCUCUUAACCCGACAAAACUUCCAGAAACUGCCUCUGACUUACCUGUGCAUAGCUCUGAUGAAAACAUACCCGUGUCUCAUUUAGCUGAGAAAAUUGUUUCAUCUACCUCUUCUGAAAAUAGCAGUGUGCCCAUGCUUUUUAAUAAAAAUUCUGUCCCUGUGUCUGUUUGCAACACUGCUAUGUCAGGAGCAAUUAAAGAACAUCCCUUUGUGAGUUCUGUGGAUAAAUCCUCUGUUCUAAUGUCUGUUGACAGUGCAAACACCACAAUUUCUGCUUGUAAUCUAAGCAUGUUGAAAACCAUCCAGGGGACUGACACUCCGUGCAUAGCCAUGAUACCAAAAUGUAUUGAGAACUCAUCAGUUCCCACCACGACAGAGGGCUCCAAUGUGUCAAAUUCCAUUGACGAUAAGCAGUUACUGGUAACAAGCAGUAGUGCUAGUAACUUAGUCUCCAGCCAGUACGCAUCUGUGCCAAUGCCCUCCAUUGCAAGUACCUUGCCAAACCACCUCUCCACUAGCUCUGUCUUGAUUCCCCCAACAGGCAUCAACAGCCGAUUUCCUUCUGAAAAUGUGGCAGUGCCCAGGAGUGAGGAACAGGCCCCAGGCCCCGGGGGCUCCACUGUGAGAGCAGCACUCAGCGGUAGGGACUCCGUCACCGUGACAGAUGCUCUGGUUGCACGCCCUCCCGUGGCAAUGUUUACUGGAAGCAUGCUAACAAUCAACUCUUACGAUAGUUCUCCCAAGUUAAGUGCUGAAAACUUGGACAAACCUUCAGGGCUUCGAAGUAGGCCCGAUUCCAGCAAAGCCCAAGCCCCUUCGGGAGCCUUCGUACCAACAGCCAUAAACCGGUCCAUCCCAUGUAAAGUCAUCGUCGACCACAGCACCACGCUCACCUCCACCUUAUCCCUCACCGUCUCCAUUGAAAGCGCAGAAGCCAGCCUCGACCUCCAGAGCAGGUUGGUAAGAACAGAAACGUCAGUCCAACCCAUGACAUGUCCUCAGGUAUCUGUCAUUAGCAGGCCUGAGCCAGUGGCUAACGAAGCUGGAGAUCAUAGUUCUAACUUCUUAAUAGCCUCAGCCUCAAAGCAAGAGUGCAAAACUCCUCAGGCCCCCUGUGCAGGUCUUCGAGAAGGACCCCUAAUGGUUCCAGACCAAAUCAACGAUGUGACUGUGCCUGGCAGUAGCUUUGCUGAGCAGGUCCGGGGCCCAGUCCCAUUCAAAAGUGAAGCAGACACAACCUGUAACAAUCAGUUUGCUCCGGGAAACCGGAUUUGCUGGGCUGAGGAGGGGCUGAGGAACACAGAACAGCCCCCCGGGAGUCAAUCAGGUUCAAGUAAGCAGAAAGAUUACCUAGAGCAAAGCUGCCCAAAGACCAUCAAGACCGAGCACACCAGUUACUCGCACAUGGCGGAACUUCACCCCAGAAAUCUCCUGGCAAAUGUCACUCUCCCCGUGAAAUCAGAACCUCAUGAAGUGGACAAGGGCUUUAGAAUGGACACUGAAGGCUUCCCUGGCCCUGAGCUGCCCCCUCCAGCCCCUGAAGCUGCCCCAAGUGUGCAGCCCACACAGAGCAUGAAGGCAUCCACUUCUGGUCCCAUGGAAGAGACGAUUUCCUUGGCUGCAGACAACCUGAAGAGGGUCCCCGGCACCGGGAGCUCGAGCUGCCGCCUGUCGUCCGUAGAGGCAAACAAUCCGCUGGUGACACAGUUGCUGCAGGGCAACCUUCCUCUGGAAAAAGUGUUGCCACAGCCCAGGUUGGGUGCCAAGCUCGAGAUUAACAGGCUGCCUCUGCCUCUUCAAACUACCUCAGUAGGGAAAAUGGCUCCAGACAGGAACAUUGUGGAAAUGCCAUCCAGCUCGCCAAAUCCUGAUGGCAAGGGCUACUUGGCAGGGACUCUGGCACCACUCCCAAUGAGAAAGCGAGAAAACCACCCCAAAAAGAGGGUCGCCAGGACUGUAGGGGAACACACUCAAGUUAAAUGUGAACCAGGGAAACUGUUGGUGGAUCCAGAUGUCAAGGGGGUGCCUGGUGUCAUCAACUCGGGCCUGAAUCAGCUCGGGCACAGCCAGCCAUUUAAGCAGGAGUGGCUGAGCAAGCACGCCAUGCAGAACAGAAUUGUCCACAGCCCGGAGGUCAAACAGCAGAAGCGACUGCUCCCCUCCUGUAGCUUUCAGCAGAACCUUUAUCACAUCGACAAGAAUGGUGGCUUCCACCCCGACGCUGGCACCUCUCAUAGACAGCAGUUUUACCAAAUGCCCAUGGCUGCCAGGGGCCCCAUUCCUUCUGCAGCUUUGUUGCAGGCCUCUGCCAAGACCCCAGUGGGCUGUAAUGCAUUUGCCUUCAAUAGGCACCUUGAACAAAAGGCCUUGGGAGAGGUUGGCCUUUCUUCAGCACCUCACCAGCUAAGGCUCACUAACAUGAUGUCCCCCAAUAUGCCCAUUAAAGAUGGUGAUGACGUGGGAGGGACUGCACACACUAUGCCUAGCAAAGCACUAGUGCAUCCCCCACCCCCGCCCCCACCACCCCCUCCACCCCUGGCUCUGCCCCCACCACCCCCACCACCACCUCCACUACCUCCACCUCUUCCUACUGCAGACGUCCCAUCCGAUCAGAAACAAGCGCCAGUUGCCAUGGAAACCACUAAGAGACGUAGUUGGCCACAGUCCACGGGCAUAUGUAGCAAUAUAAAAUCGGAACCUCUUUCUUUUGAGGAAGGUUUAAGCAGCAGCUGUGAACUGGGCAUGAAACAAGUUUCCUAUGACCAGAAUGAAAUGAAAGAACAGUUAAAAGCGUUUGCGCUAAAAAAUGCAGAUUUCUCUUCCUAUUUGCUUUCUGAGCCACAAAAGCCUUUUACCCAAUUAGCUGCUCAGAAAAUGCAGGUGCAGCAACAACAGCAGCUUUGUGGAAAUUAUCCAACAAUACACUUUGGUAGCACAAGCUUCAAAAGGGCAGCAUCUGCAAUUGAAAAGUCCAUUGGGAUUUUGGGAAGUGGCUCCAGCCCUGCCACGGGCCUGCCUGGUCAGAAUGCUCAGAUGCCCGUUCAGAACUUCUCCGACAGCAGCAACGCAGAUGAAUUAGAACUGAAAUGCUCUUGCCGCCUGAAAGCCAUGAUUGUGUGCAAAGGCUGCGGGGCCUUCUGCCAUGACGACUGCAUAGGUCCUUCAAAACUAUGUGUAGCUUGUCUGGUUGUGCGAUAAGAGCAGAAUGCAAGAUGCAGUAUCCCUUUUCAGCAGGACAAGGCAAAGUGGUGUCAACUACAAAAACAAUUUUUUUUAAUAACUCAGUAGUUUAUAGCAUGCUAAUUUAUUUUACUUUGGAGCAGAUUAUCUUUUGGGGUAUUAUUUUUUUCUUGCAUUUCUCAGAAAGGGGAGUUUGCACCCCCAACAGAGUGGCUUAGCAGCAUGUCUUACAUAUUAAGUUACCAUUGCCAGCUUUGAGACAUGUGUCCUUGUCUAUACACAUCAACUACACCCAUUCACCUUUUGUUCAUCCAGGUGUAGAAAAGAACUUUUU